AUGAUGAGUUUUCUACACAUUGUUUUUUCCAUUCUAGUAGUGGUUGCAUUUAUUCUUGGAAAUUUUGCCAAUGGCUUUAUAGCACUGAUAAAUUUCAUUGCCUGGGUCAAGAGACAAAAGAUCUCCUCAGCUGAUCAAAUUAUUGCUGCUCUGGCGGUCUCCAGAGUUGGUUUGCUCUGGGUAAUAUUAUUACAUUGGUAUUCAACUGUGUUGAAUCCAACUUCAUCUAAUUUAAAAGUAAUAAUUUUUAUUUCUAAUGCCUGGGCAGUAACCAAUCAUUUCAGCAUCUGGCUUGCUACUAGCCUCAGCAUAUUUUAUUUGCUCAAGAUCGUCAAUUUCUCCAGACUUAUUUUUCAUCACUUAAAAAGGAAGGCUAAGAGUGUAGUUCUGGUGAUAGUGUUGGGGUCUUUGUUCUUUUUGGUUUGUCACCUUGUGAUGAAAAACACGUAUAUAAAUGUGUGGACAGAAGAAUGUGAAGGAAACGUAACUUGGAAGAUCAAACUGAGGAAUGCAAUGCACCUUUCCAACUUGACUGUAGCCAUGCUAGCAAACUUGAUACCAUUCACUCUGACCCUGAUAUCUUUUCUGCUGUUAAUCUACUCUCUGUGUAAACAUCUGAAGAAGUUGCAGCUCCAUGGCAAAGGAUCUCAAGAUCCCAGCACCAAGAUCCACAUAAAAGCUCUGCAAACUGUGACCUCCUUCCUCAUAUUACUUGCCAUUUACUUUCUGUGUCUAAUCACAUCGUUUUGGAAUUCUAAGAUGCGACCAAAAGAAAUUGUCUUAAUGCUUUGCCAAGCUUUUGGAAUCAUAUAUCCAUCAUUCCACUCAUUCAUUCUGAUUUGGGGGAACAAGACGCUAAAGCAGACCUUUCUUUCAGUUUUGUGGCAGGUGACUUGCUGGGCAAAAGGACAGAACCAGUCAACUCCAUAG